AUGGAAGAGGAAUUUUACAAUGCGUUUGCUACACCAGUUGCACCAGUUACAGCUUCCGAAACAUUGUACAAUGAGAAUGAGACUGGAACUUACCAGAAACCGCCAAAGCUUAUAGGAAACAAAUUUGAAGUUACUCCUAGUCCAAAGAUCCAAACUGGUUUUAGUGCUGAUAGUUCUUCUGGAACAAAGGAUAGUACUGUUGCAGAGGGAUUUAGCUGGGAUAAAUACAUUCCACCCGGUUCAGGUCUUGUUGCCAGAAUUCUGGAAGAAGAUGAAGCCAAAUCCAGUCCGAAAAAUAAAGUUGAGAUGCUAAAUGAGAAGAAGAUUGCCAGAUUGAAGAGAGAGCUGGAAGCAAUAAGAAUAACUAAUAAAAGGACAAAGAUGGAAGUUGAAGAAACAAAUGUUGAACCAGUGACUGAGAAAGUGAUAGAAAAAACCGUUGAAGUGGAGAAAAUAGUAGAGAAAAUUGUUGAGAUCGAAAAAAUAGUCGAAGUUGAGAAACUCAUCGAAGUUGAGAAAGUCGUCGAGGUAGAAAAAAUUGUUGAAGUUGAGAAGAUUGUUGAGUAUGUGAAAGAGUCAUAUGAUGCAUUGAACAGAACAGUUGAUGGAACAAAACAAAUUGAGAAGUAG